AUGGCCACUACGGCCGCCAAUGCGGCUACAAAGGCGCCGAGGACUCUGCAAUUGUUGGACCCGACAACACUUGCAACUUCACGAGCAGUACGAUUCCCGUCCACCGAUGGGAUACCGAUUCAAGGACAGGUCCGAUUUCCCAAUUCGAGGGCGGCCAAAAAUUUCCGGGAACGUGAAUCAGCAAAACUGAAGAGAGCGCUCCAAUCUCUGACCCAUGGGAAGAAUAUCUUCGCUUACAACAAUCUACGGACAAAUCAAGUCGUCUACUCUCUUUCGCGGACUCUAGAGCGCGAAAAUGUCCUCUCCCAACUCAUAUACCAUGGCAAAAAGACCGUCCCUGCAACUGUCCGCAAAGACAUGUGGAUACCCUACUUUUCGAUCCAUUUCCCAGCUCCCUCCCUUGGCCUUCAGGCGUACAAGCUGCUUCGAGAAUUCUCUGUCCAACGCCAACUCUCCCCUCCCCAAGAAUCCAUUAUCAAUUCCGAAGAGACGCUUGCCCGCAAACGACCGCGAGAUCCGCUCGAAGCAAAAAAAUGGGACGAGAUUUGGAAACCAAGAAUUGGCCAGUUCAUGAUGAAGAAAGACCGAGCACGGGUGCUGAUGGACCAGAAGGCCACGAGCGUCGCCGAUGUAGCGGCAGUACUUGCAAUUCAGCAGAAAGCGGAGGAGAAAGCGGAGGAGGAAGUAGAGGAGGAAGGAAAAGAGGAGGAGAAGAAGACAGGUGAUGAGAAGACGAAAAUUAGCCAUAGGGCCAGAAAGAGGUUGGUUCGCGCACGCAGGAAAGAAAAGGCUCUGGAAGAAAGUGUGCGUCAGCGCAUCGCCAAAUUAGAACGGGCUUUAUCACGAAAGGGUAUCCAAGCGAAGAUCGAUGAAAAUGGCGAACUGGAGGAUCACAAAGUCGCCGAGGGAGAAGUCAAGAUUUUAUGGACGGACCUUCAAGAUGCGCAAAACGCGGAAGAAUGGCCCGAAUCGGUGCGCCAUGGCGAACUGGAACCAACCAGGGAACACAUCAUUGGCUCAAAAUUGAAAGCCCAGGAAUUGCAGCCUGCUGCGCAGAGUCAACCAGUCUCAAGUGAAGCUGGUUCCACCACCGAAGGCCAUCCUGGUGCGCAGGAACAGACAGAGGAGCCCGCUAAGAAGGGUCUCAACCGCUUGAAGUUCUGGAAAAACUGA